UCCCCAGUCAAAAAGAGAAGGCUAAAAAACCACAGAAAGAAGGGGAGAAAAAGAAAAGCUCCGACCAAAAGUAAAGUAAACACAUCCACUCUCCCACUCUCAUCUCCUCUUUCCCAAAUUCUCCUCUCUCUCUCUCUCUUCCCCCUAGGGUUUCGCGAUCAAGAAUUUAUCGAUCAAUGGGGAAAGGAUCCAAUCAUCAGCAGCAAUUCAAGAGCAAGGCCAAGAACCGCGUCGCCGACCUCCAGGGGAUGUUCUCCGACCUCCAGUCUGCUCGCAGGGAGAGCCGCGGUGGCGACGCCGCGUCAUCGAGGAGCAGGUUCAUUAGUGCUCGAGAGUGGAAGCAUGCUGCUGCGAGGCCUUCGCCAGCCACUUCCCUCAUCGGGAAUAGUAAAGGGGGUUCGGAUCUUUCGUCGGAGAUCUGGAGGCUGCUGCAUAUUGGGGAGGAGGAAGAUGAUGCGACUAGCAAGCUGGAGGAAUUGGUGGCAAUAAACCCUAAGACGGAACCCGUGGAGUUACACGAUGAAAAUGUGUUGGGGAGCAUGCAAGGGGGAGGGGUUGGUGUUUAUCAGCAGGAAUUUUCAUCUCACUCGAACCUGCAGGACUAUUUUGUUUAUCAGGAACUACCAAAACAUGGAUUUUUUUGUGCUGAUCAGUUCAAAAACACCCUUCCUUCAGGAGCAAACCAUACUGCCACUAAUUGCCAGAAGACUAAUCAUUUAAAUUAUGAACAGUUCAGUCUGCACCAUGAAAUGGCCCAUACUCAUUAUAUCGCCUUUGACGGAAAUGGACAGAAUGGUGGCAAUAUUACCCACUAUCAGGAUUUGUCUCACAUCACAGACUUGCUUCCAGCAAUAUCCCCUCCAGCUUCUGCUUACUUAAGGCCAAAAUGUGCACUCUGGGACUGUCCGAGACCUGCACAAGUAUCAGAAUGGUGUCAAGACUAUUGCAGCAGCUUUCAUGCUACUAUGGCAGUGAGUGAAGGGCCUCCUGGUAUGACCCCAGUGCUGAGACCUGGAGGUAUUGAUCUUAAAGAUGGUCCGCUUUUUGCUGCUCUUGCUGCAAAAACACAGGGAAGAGUGUCGGUAUUCCCAGAAUGUGAGGGAGCGUGCAACUACAUGAAUGCCCCGGAGCUCUUUGAUCUAUCUGUUCUUGAGGGUGAGUCGCUGAGAGAAUGGCUCUUCUUUGAUAAGCCAAGGAGAGCAUUUGAAAGUGGAAAUCGAAAACAGAGGUCGUUGCCAGAUUACAAUGGACGUGGCUGGCAUGAAUCCAGGAAGCAGGUAAUGAAGGAGUUUGGAGGGUUGAAGAGGUCCUACUACAUGGAUCCACAACCACUGAACAACUGUGAGUGGCAUCUUUAUGAGUAUGAGAUCAACAACUGCGAUGUUUGUGCCUUAUACAGGCUAGAGUUGAAGCUUGUUGAUGCAAAGAAGAGUGCGAAAGCAAAGGUAGCAAGUGAUUCUCUUGUUGAUUUGCAGCGACAAAUGGGGAAACUUAAUGCAGAGAAUGCUACGGAUAGCAUGUGGUAUUGUAAGGCAAGGGCGAAGGCUAACCAGAAAGAUGUUGCUGAAAGUUUUUAUUCAGCUGCUGACUUAGUUAAUCAGAAGGUUAAUGACUUAGUUAAUCAGAAGGCCAAUGGUCUACAUUUUUAUGAUGGUUCAGGUCAGGUAACGCAUAUUAAUGGGAACCCUGUUUAUGGACCAAGUCUCCCAUAUGGCUAUUCUGUUGAGGACUUGAAUAAAUACUACGGAACGUAGUUAUUGACAUAGAGGCUCAAGUGAUGGUCAUGGGAAGUGGGGUCAUCAUCUCAGAAACAGGGUUUUGAUGAAUAACCAAAUUUCAGUGUUUUGGUGUUUCUACAAGAUGAGGAAUCUUUACCAUGUAUAUGACAUAAGACAACCUUACCAUGUAUGUGUCAUAAGACGAGAAUGUGCAGGACAAGAGUGCAUUCUGGCAGCAAUCGUUGAAAUUUGAGCAAUUUGUAGUCCCUCAACUCCUUGAUGUGUAUAUAAUUUACCAGAGGUAGCAGCUAUGCCCUUUUCCCAAAGUGAACUGUAUUCAUGGGGGCAGUUUAAAUACUGGCAGCUUAUGUGCUUCAACUAUGUCAAUAACUCCAAAUUGUAACCAUACUUUUUUGCUUUUUCUUUUUCUGUUUAAUUAAGGGAGUCCAAGAGCAUCUUCUUGAUGCAUCUAAUAUGGAUGCGAAAGUCGCAGAUAAAUUUGCUAGAUGUUGGAAGCUUUAAUUUGUUGAAGCUGU